UAUUCAGAAAUAUAUGCCGAAGACAAAAGAUCAAAGGACUAUUUAAUGGACCUGUCAAGUGAUCAAGUCAUCAGUGAUGAAUAUUUAGACGCCAGUUGGUACAGACCUUUUAGUGCAAACGGCGAUAAAAUGCCAACUUCUCCUCCUGGCAAAAUGCACUGUGGAACGAUAAAUCCUAUUUGGCUUAAUGGAACUUUACCUACAUAUGAUGAUGGUAACGUUAGCAGAGAAGCAUGCGUUCAAACAGAGAAUGCCAUUUGUGAACAGUCCAUUGACAUAGAAAUAAGGAACUGUGGAGGAUAUUAUAUUUAUUUUCUAAAGGAAACACCACCGAAUUCAUCUUUUUGCUUUGGAAGUGGUCCAGUUAUCUGUCCCGUUGGUACAUCGUCAGAAACAGGGUUUUACCCUGGGUGUAGCUGUAAGUAA